UGUCAGUCCAGACUACUACGUGCCGUGCCGUCGGCGCUUCACCAUGCAAUGAGAGAGCGGGAUUCAUACCAAGAGAAAUCGAUCGGACCUAGAACAUGGCUGUAGCUAAAUUAGUCGGGUCUGGAACUUGAGCUGAUAUAUUUAUUGUAGAUGGAAGCUAUAUAAGUCACGACUUGGUCUGGGGAUAGGUCUUCUCUUUGUCUACAUGGUCUUGUCCUACUUUGCUUAUAUUAAUACGGAUCGUGAUACCUUCUCUCACACUCUCUUUGCACAUUCCUUUGAAGCGGAUUGUCCACGCUCCUUUGCCCGAUUGUUUGAUUUGAUAUAUUAAACAGUCUUCACGGUCCUUACUUUGUGUGCUCAAGAUACACCACUCAUCCUCUGGAAGCGUCCACAGACAAUCUCUGCUAAUAUACAUCCAUCUACAAGUUGGCAGACCACGCUACAGUCAAAGAAAAAGAUAGUAAAAUGGCACUUUUCGGCCUCCUCGGUGCGACCUUUCUCUGCGCCCGCAUCAUCCAACUCUGUUCCCUCAUCGCCAUUAUCGGCCUCACGGCCAACUUCAUUGCCGAGAUCGUCUCCAACAGCGCCUCCCCUCCCGCCAUUUUCAUCGGGACCAUCACAGUGACCAGCAUCGCCGUGAUCUACGCCUUCAUCACCACCAUCCUCUUCGUGGACAACAUCCUCCCAUUCCUAGCAACCGCUAUCCUCGACACUCUCAUCCUGAUUGCCGUCAUCGUCGUCUCAGUCAUCAUCGGCAAGCCACUAUCCUAUCUGCAGUGCAACAAGAUCGAGGAUGUGACAGGGGACGGAUCAUCGGCGUAUACAUUUGCCACGCAUUUGGGCAGUUAUUUAGAUGAUUUGAGCGGAAGUGUGGAUUAUACGAGCUGGAUUGGCGGCACGAAGGCGGUUUGUUUGGAGGCCAAGUCUAUUUGGGGAUUGUGUAUUGCCAUGUGUAUCAUGUUCUUCAUCUCGGGGAUUUGUGGUCUCGUGCUUUGGAGGCAGAAGAAGGCUGCGAAUGCGGGCGUGGAGAAGUUGGAGGGUUGAUGUGAUCGUCGGUGUGAUGCAGUCGUAUGCAUAAAUAAUCUGCUGGAUAAUGACGAUGGUGAUGAGAGUAUAAUGUUGAUGAUAAUGAUGGUGGCGGCGAUGGAGACUCGAUUUGCGCUCAUUUCCCUUUCCUGUCUGUUCUUUCCUUCCUUUCCUAUUGCGUCCGUGUGUGUUCUUCAUCGCCUGUCUUUUUCCUGUCUCUUUCUCCUGCUCUGUUUCCCCUAAUACUCCAGACUUCACGCACCCCAGUACCUGUACGUAUACAAACCUAACCAUCAAAAACAACCCUCCCUCC